UUGUUUGUUGGUUACAGGAAUUGUGGCUCUGCUUCUAGUCAACAGUUCGUCGAAGGAUAUUAGUGGUGUGAAUCCUUUCGAGUAUGAUAUGCUCCCGCCCCAGAUUGAAGACUCUCGUGCUGAAUGAUCAGCAGAAUCGGCAGUUUAUGGCUGAAGUUCUCGGAAGAUAUGGCCAAAGAUGCGUCUUCAACGAUGCAGCAAAGAUUUUCAUUCCGUCGGAAUCAUGUGGAGAGUGGUCUAUUUUGAGGGAAGCUUCCGAUUUGCAUGCAGUCGCAGAACCAUCUCACCCUUUCCUUGUAAAUUUCGUAGAUCUGUUAAAAGAAGGUGAUGUCGCUACUUUUGGAUUACAUUCAAAUUUCAUAGCUAGAGUUGCAUCUAGAACGGUAUCAAAAGUUUUGAGCAACACCGUUGAUCUCACUGUUGUGCUAUUGUGCCUCGAAAUGCUACAAACAAAGGGGACUCUCAUGGAGAUCAUUAAGCAUAAUAUUAGGAGGAUGAGUUUCAGGAGCGUUCACGAUUCUCUUAAGCUGUUGCGAGAUUUUGUUGAAAAUUUCCCAGGCCCUUCGAAGCUUUCAUCUGAAGACGUGGAUUUGCUUGUUAAUGCUAUCCAUUUUGCAUUUUUGAAAAGCCUUCCCGAUACUGAUGAACAGAACUUCGACGUAACUGAAUUCAUUCUUCUUCAAAGUUUUGACGCGAGAUUGCCUUUUUCUUUUGCUCUCGUGGAAGGAGUCGUUGCUCCUGAGCCAGACUUGACAGCUGAAGAUUUUAAAUCGUCAUCGAGCUGUAUACAUGUACUAGUGUUCUCAUUUGCUUUAAUCGAGAGUGAAAGAAACACCCAGAAGCAGUCUUACCACGAUUCCUUUUUGAACUUGAUACCAUUAGAAUUAAAGAACAUUCACGAUAAAAUACUAGCGUCUGGUGUGCAAAUCGUAAUUUGUCAGAAGGCAGUGAACAGUGGUUUGAAAAUAGCUCUAAAGCGAUGCAAAGUAAUUUGCGUUGAGCUAUUUGGACAGAAACGAACGAAAGCAGUGACACAAUUAUCUGGAGCUCGCAAAGUAAGAUGCUGGAAUGACCAUGUACAUUUAGAACAACACAUGGGUAUGAUCGACGCGAUAGAAUUCCUGGAUGUAGGCACCGAACCUUGGAUUGUUUUCAAAAAGGCUAACUCACGAGUGUCCAGUAUCAUAUUCAGUGAAACCCCUGAGUUCCUGGAGCAAACCGAGGUAUUGGUAUCCAAGUGCCUUAUUCUGCUGAAUUUAGCAGUCAGGAAAAUUGCUCUCCCGUCGCGCGUGGUGAAAGAAAAAUUAUUCGGUUCCAUCCGCUGCUUCGCGAACUUCGACCACACGGAUGCCUUGAAUCUAGAAUCCCGACUCACCGAAGAUGAAAAGCUCAUUCGAGACUCAGCUCGUCAAUACUGCCAAGAAAAACUGCUUCCGCGCGUCGUCGAAGCCACGCGCAAGGAAAUGUUCCACAAGGAAAUCUACUCCGAAAUGGGGAACCUCGGCUUGCUCGGUCCCACCAUAGACGGCUAUGGAUGCCCCGGUGUGAGUUCGGUCGCCUAUGGGCUAAUUGCUCGCGAAGUAGAGCGAGUCGACAGUGGGUAUCGAUCCGCGAUGAGUGUCCAGUCUUCCCUCGUCAUGGGUCCCAUCGCGGAAUACGGGACCGAAGAACAGAAGCAACGGUUUCUACCUCGUCUGGCUCGUGGAGAACUUAUUGGCUGUUUCGGUCUCACGGAGCCCAAUCAUGGCAGUGAUCCCGGUGGCAUGGAGUGCCGCGCAAUAUACGACUCUGCCUCCAAGAAGUACGUCUUAAACGGAACCAAGACCUGGAUCACGAGCUCACCGAUUGCAGAUAUUGCCGUAGUUUGGGCCAAGGAUCAAACGGGUACGAUCCGGGGAUUUAUUGUCGAACGUGGAAUGGACGGCUUCACAACACCGGUGAUCGAAGGGAAGUUUUCUCUGCGUGCUUCCGUGACUGGUCAGAUUUGCCUCUCCGAUGUGCAAGUGCCUGCCGAAAACGCGUUCCCGUCCAUCAAGGGACUCGCUGGUCCUUUCGGGUGUCUGAACAAUGCUCGUUACGGUAUUGCCUGGGGAGUCCUGGGAGCCGCUGAGGCCUGUUACACCGCAGCUCGUCAAUAUACUCUAGACAGGAUUCAGUUCAAGAGACCCCUGGCUGCCAACCAGUUGAUACAAAAGAAACUCGCGGACGCCUUGACUGAGAUCAGUAUUGGACUUCACUCGUGUCUCCAAGUUGGUCGGCUGAAGGAUGAAAAGAAAGUCGCUCCCGAGAUGAUUUCGCUCAUCAAGAGAAAUAGUUGUGGAAAGGCUAUUGAAAUUGCUCGGGCGUGCAGAGAUAUGCUCGGAGGCAACGGGAUUGUUGAUGAGUAUCACGUUAUGCGACACGUCAUGAAUUUGGAGGCAGUGAAUACGUAUGAAGGAACCCAUGACAUUCAUGCUCUGAUACUUGGGCGCGCAAUAACUGGAAUUCAAGCAUUCGCUCCGAAAGGGUGAUUUAUGUUCUUUCUCAUAAAUCUGUGAGAAAGGAAGUGAGAUCUGCGGCAUUGUUACAUAUUUCAUGGGAUUAAUACCGGUGUUAGAUUUAUUUUCAUUUUUUUUUCUAUUGGGGUGCGUACAAAAAAAGCUAAUUUUCACAGAGCA